AUGCUGCGGCUGGAGAAAAAGUUCAGACGCGACGGCGGAUCCUCGCCGAACGUGUGCACUCGUUGCGCAACGACACGAUUCUACUCAGCGCCAGCAGCCGCGACAUCGCCCGCGGAACCGACCAUACCCCAGUCGACUCAGGUGCCUCCGCCACCGUCACCAGCUGUUACGUCUCCUGGUGCAUACGAUGUUCGCUCUGGGCUGAUCCUCACCCGCGCUCCUCUGCUUACUCGCAAACUGCAUCCUUUCGAAAAUACAUUCUUCUUCUACCAGAAGCGUCUGGAGGAGCGAUUGAAUAGCGCUUUCAUCCCCAGCAUCUACUUCCGUCCCGACACGCCAAGACGCAUGGAAUGGGACUUGAAGAUCAAGGAGCGUGAGGGGACGGUCGCCAAGGAGCUGGGUGCCUACAAGGGCAAGGGCGCAGAUGCGUGGCAGGACGAGCUGCGAGUCGGGGACGAGUUGAGCUCAGAGAGCCACAUGAUCAAAAGCCUGCUCAAGGACGCGGAAACGAGGAUCAGCGAGGACGCGGAGAUCAUCCCCGAGGCCGACGUGACGCCAGUGACGCUGCCCAACGGGCGAGAGACCGAGGCAGACAAGAAGGGCGAUGUGAAGAGGCUGGAUCGCGCGCUUGACCGAACGCUCUACCUGGUGGUCAAGGGCAAGGAUGGCUGGGGUUUCCCUGCUGACGUCGUGCCAGAGGGCGAGAACUUGCACACGAAUGCCCAGAGGGUUCUCGACCAGGCUGCAGGCGUCAACAUGAACACCUGGAUCGUCGGCCGUGUGCCUGUAGCUCACGUCGUCAGGCAACCCGUCACUAAGGCUGACGGCUCCGUAGAGUCCAAGGGGCAGAAGACAUUCUUGCUCAAGGGGCGUAUCAUGGCCGGGCAGGCUGAUCUGAAGGGCAAUCCUCUUGGCUACACGGACUUCAAGUGGCUGACCAGGGAGGAGGUUGAGAAGGAAUUGCCAGCGGGGUACCUGAAGGGUAUCAGGAACAUGAUGGGCGAGCGCUAA